UUCGUCCUCUGUUUCUAGCCGGACGAUUAAAGGGACGGAACCCAAACAGCCACGUAGUAAAAGGCGAAGCUGUUAAAAGGUGAACAUAUUCGCUCUUUGUAACGUUUUACCGACGUUGUCAUUUCCCGAAUUGGACAUUAAUUUCUGCAGCGCGCUUUCGUGACAGUAAGUCGUUUGUUGUUUGGUUUAUUUUUAUAUAAAUUAUUUGAAGAGACGCCCCUCUUCCCGAUGUUUCUGAAACUAGCUAGAGCGUUAGCACAGCGGUCCCGUCGAUAUUUCAGCUAGCUGUGCGGCUUUUUUUCUCUCUUGGAUGGAUUAUUUCAAGUCCGUAUAACUGCACCCCGCGGACACGUAAGGACGAUUUAAAGGUGUCGGUUGCGUCUGUUGCUUCCACGGACACGUCACGCCGCUUUGCUUCCGUGCUGCUGUCAACGAUAAACUCAGGAACCCGGCCGCGUUACCAGUGUCGGACAUGAUUCCUGCUUCCUUGUCUCCUGGAAUUGUUCAGUGAGACAUUCUUUCCAGAGUUCCGCCUGUGACACCGACUCGACUCGAGGCAAAUGGACGCCACGCCGUUAGAAUCCGCUCAAGUCAAAGCCAGUGUUUUCCAGAGGGAACAAAUAAUUAACGGUAAAGAUCCCGGUGGUCACGGUGCGGGAGGCGGGACAGAACUGGACCACAAUGGACCGAAACACUUGGAUCAAUUCCGGGGGAAAGUUUCUAACGGUCCCGUCGGUUUGACCGAAGUCCCGAACGGAGACACGCCGACACAGGGCACCGUUCCGGCGCAGGGACCCCGCACGAGUGAGGGCAGCAACAUGCAGCAUGUCGCCCCCCGGAGUCAGGAGCCCCCCCCAGGUGCGGCUGCACAUCCACCCGUGAUGCUAGAGCUGCCUGAGGGCGCUAGUGCUGGGCUCGCGGGUCACACGGGUCACACGGGCGACGCACUGCAGUCGCUCAAACUCAGUAUACCUAUGCAGGAAACAGAAAUGUGUGAGCAUAAACCCCAAACCCCCCCUGGCACUCCCCCCCCCCACAUUUCAAACCACGACAGCUGCGCGGUGGUGAGGGAGCGACAGCGAGGCCCCUACACGGUGGAGGGGCGGGAGAUUGCCGCGGAGGCCAUCGGUCAGUUCCCCUCCCUGCAGGAACUGUUGAAGGAGGUCAGCGAGGAGCAGCAGCAGCACCAGGAGGAGGCGCCAGAACCUCGCAGGCACAGUUUCUCCAGCAGUGUGUCUCUGGACAGUUCAGUGAUGGGCCACGAUGAAAUGCUCCAGGUGCUGAAGGAAAAGAUGAGGCUCGAGGGCCAGCUGGAGUCCCUGUCGUCUGAAGCUAAUCAGGUUGCCCAGCUGACCACGGUCAACGCUCAGUUGCAGGCCAUGACGGAGGAGGCUCAGGUGAGCCAGGAGAGGCGGAGCGUCCUGAGCUCGGAGGUCAGCACGCUGCGGCAGAGCUGCAACCAACUGGAGAAGUCCAUGAUGGAGCUGCAGGGAAACCUGAAAACCAAGAACGCCGGUCUGGCCUCUCUGGGCAACGACCUGAAGGUGGCAGAAGAGCAGUACAACCGGCUGAUGGCAAAGGUGGAGGAGAUGCAGAACACGGUCAGCACGCGGGACAACACCGUUCAGGAUCUGCGUCAGCAGAUGGCGACUCUUCAGAACCAGUACCAACAGGUUCAGCUGGAGCGCAGCACGCUGCAGAGCCGACUGAAGACGUCCCAGGCUGAGAUCGAGUCCCUGCAGCAGGUCAGGCAGUGGUACCAGCAGCAGCUGGGCCUGGCCCAGGAAGCCAGGGUUUGUCUGCAGAAGCAAAUGGCCAACAUGCAGGCCGACAUGCUAACCCAGGAAGCAGCCUACAAGCAGAUCCAGGACGCAAAGUCCAUGGUGGAAGAGGACCUGCAGCACAAGCUGGAGGAGUUCGAGGAGGAGCGAGAGCGCCUCCUCCAGUUAACCACCGCAGCCAGCACCAUGGAGAGGGAGCUGGAGCAGGCCAAGUUGAGCGUCUCCCAGAAGGAGGCGCAGCUGCAGUUGCUCCAGAGGGAGCACCUGGAGCUGAUGCGUCAGCUGACCAACACUCAGGAGAACCUUCAGACCAAAGAGCAGUCCAUCAACCAGCUGGAGGCCCGUUACCUGGAGCUGGAGAGCCAGCUGGAGGAGCUGCGGGGCGAGGGCCGCGCCAAGGACGAUAGCAUCCAGUACCUCCAGAACGAGAAGAUCGUAUUGGAGGUGGCGCUGCAGGCGGCGCGGGCCAACAAGAGGCAGCUGGACGAGGGCACCGAGCAGCUGGGAGAAGACGUCCUGCUGUCUUCCGAUGUCUUGGAUCAGCUCAGACAGGGAGUCCAGGUCAAGGUCGGUCAGAUCGAUGCUGUUCAACAGGAAAACAACGUUCUGAAGAAACAGACG